AUGAAAACUUCAUUACUUAUAACAUCGAGCUUAGCAUUUUCAAUGCUGAUCCAAAUUGAGCCAGUAUUUGGAAAAACGCUACAUCCACCUAAUGUACAUCCGCCACAAGGAAGUUCCUCUAACGGCAUAAUCAUAUUGGCACCGAUUAGCAAAGAAAAAUUCAAGAGUUGUCGAGAAUACAAAAGUGGCUUUUUUAAGAGAAUAAUAACUUUAUCAGGAUCGCUUGUUAACGAACAAAAUACGUUGACGCCAUGUGAAACAAAUCAAACUGUGUCUACUGAAUUUGAAAGUAUAACAGAGACGUCAAUUAGUAGUGAGUCUUCGGAAAAUCUAUCUAACACUACUGAAGUAACAUCAAUACUGCCGAAUAGUUCAACUUCGCCCAGUGAGCCCGGUAAUACUCAAUCUUACACAGAAGUUCCUAGAACUGGCGCACAAACAUCAGCUACGUCCAGUAAUACUGAAAGUACAUCAGAGAAGUCGAAUAAAAGUGAGACUUCGGCAAAUCCAUCGAAUACUACUAACGAAGUAUCUGAAAUGCCGAAUGGUGCAACUUCGGCCAAUGAGCCCGCUAAUUCUGACUCUUCCACAGAAGUGCCUAGCAGUGGCGCAUCAUCAUCAGCUACGUCCAGUAAUACUGAAAGUAUAACAGAAUCUACAAAUAGUAGUGAGUUUUCAACAAAUCUAUCAAAUACUACUAACGUGGCAUCGGGAAUGCCUUACAGUGCAACUUCGCCUAAUGAGCCUGGUCAUUUUGACAUGUCCACAGAAGUAUCUAGCAGUGGUGGACCAUCAUCAACUACGUCUAGUAAUUCUGAAAACACAUCAGAGCCGUCAAAUAGUAGUGCUUCUUUGGCAAAGCCAUCAAAUACUACUAACGUAUCAUCGGGAAUGCCUUACAGUGUAACUUCGCCAAAUGAGCCUGGUAAUAUUGACUCUUCCACAGAAGUGCCUAGCACUGGCGCACCAUCGUCAGCUAAGUCCAGCAAUACUGAAAGUAUAACAGAAUCGUCAAAUACUAGUGAGUCUUCAACAAAUCUACCAAAUACUACUAACGUGUCAUCGGGAAUGCCUUACGGUGCAACUUCGCCAAAUGAGCCUGGUAAUUUUGACUCUUCCACAGAAGUGCCUAGUACUGGCGCACCAUCGUCAGCUACGUCCAGGAAUACUGAAAGUAUAACAGAAUCGUCAAAUACUAGUGAGUCUUCAACAAAUCUACCAAAUACUACUAACGUGUCAUCGGGAAUGCCUUACGGUGCAACUUCGCCGAAUGAACCUAGUAAUUUUGACAUAUCCACAGAAGUAUCUAGCACUGGCACACAAUCAUCACCUACGUCCAGUAAUUCUGAAAGUCAAUCAGAUAUGUCGAAUAAAAGUGAGCCUUCGGCAAAUCCAUUACAUACUGCUAAUGAAGCAUCGGAAAUGCCGAAUAGUGCAACUUUGCCCAGUGAGUCCGCAAAUUCUGACUCUUCCACAGAAGUGCCUAGCAGUGUCGCAUCAUCGUCAGCUACGUUCAGCAAUACUGAAAGUAUAACAGAAUCGUCAAAUAGUUGUGAGUCUUCAACAAAUCUAUCAAGUACUACUAACGUGUCAUCGGGAAUGCCUUACAGUGCAACUUCGCCGAAUGAGCCGAAUAAUUUUGACUCUUCCACAGAAGUGCCUAGCACUGGAGCACCAUCGUCAGCUACGUCCAGGAAUACUGAAAGUAUAACAGAAUCGUCAAAUACUAGUGAGUCUUCAACAAAUCCACCAAAUACUACUAAUGUGUCAUCGGGAAUGCCUUACAGUGCAACUUCGACGAAUGAGCCUGGUAAUUUUGACUCUUCCACAGAAGUGCCUAGCACUGGCGCACCAUCGUCAGCUACGUCCAGCAAUACUGAAAGUGUAACAGAAUCGUCAAAUACUAGUGAGACUUCAACAAAUCUACCAAAUACUACUAACGUGUCAUCGGGCAUGCCUUACGGUGCAACUUCGCCGAAUGAACCUAGUAAUUUUGACAUAUCCACAGAAGUAUCUAGCACUGGCACACAAUCAUCAUGUACGUCCAGCAAUACUGAAAGUGUAACAGAAUCGUCAAAUACUAGUGAGACUUCAACAAAUCUACCAAAUACUACUAACGUGUCAUCGGGCAUGCCUUACGGUGCAACUUCGCCGAAUGAACCUAGUAAUUUUGACAUAUCCACAGAAGUAUCUAGCACUGGCACACAAUCAUCAUGUACGUCCAGCAAUACUGAAAGUGUAACAGAAUCGUCAAAUACUAGUGAGUCUUCAACAAAUCUACCAAAUACUACUAACCUGUCAUCGGGAAUGCCUUACGGUGCAACUUCGCCGAAUGAACCUAGUAAUUUUGACAUAUCCACAGAAGUAUCUAGCACUGGCACACAAUCAUCAUGUACGUCCAGUAAUUCUGAAAGUACAUCAGGGAUGUCGAAUAAAAGUGAGUCUCCGGCAAAUCCAUCAAAUACUGCUAAUGAAGCAUCGGAAACGCCGAAUAGUGCAACUUUGCCCAGUGAGUCCGAUAAUUCUGACUCUUCCACAGAAGUGCCUAGCAGUGUCGCAUCAUCGUCAGCUACGUUCAGCAAUACUGAAAGUAUAACAGAAUCGUCAAAUAGUUGUGAGUCUUCAACAAAUCUAUCAAGUACUACUAACGUGUCAUCGGGAAUGCCUUACAGUGCAACUUCGCCGAAUGAGCCUGGUAAUUUUGACUCUUCCACAGAAGUGCUUAGCACUGGCGCACCAUCGUCAGUAUGCAGUCAGUAA